AUGUCGUUUCUCGACGCCGCGCGCAAGGGGGCGCGCGCGGGGGCGCCGGGGGGGUCCGACGCAGGCCAAGGGGCGACGGCCAAGGAGCUGGCGAAGAGGAUAUUCGCGAUGACAACCAAGGUGGCGCAGUACAAGCGGAUGGUCGACCAGCUCGGGAGCAGUCGAGACACCCUCUCCCACAGGCAGGCGCUCAAGGAGGUCGGGGAGGCGGUCGCGGGCGCCGCGCGCGACCUGUCGUCCGAGAUCAAGGUCCUAUCUCGCAGCGGGGACUUCGACUCGCACGAGGUCGCCGCGCGGCAACGCCUCGUCAGCGACUUCAAGACCGUGCUCUCAGAUUUCCAAGCGUCGCAGAAGGUCUGCACGCGGCGCGAGGCCCAGAGCCUGCCGAAGGUGGACAAGGCCGCCACGGACCUCGAGGCCGGCGCCGCCGCGACGCCCGCCCUCGACGGCUCGGCGCAGGUGCAGAUGCACCUCCAGCAGCGGCAGCAGAUGCUGGCCCAGAAGCGGCUGGACAGCGAGAUCGCAUUCAACGAGGCGGUCAUCGCGGAGCGGGACCGCGGCGUCGCGGAGAUCCAGGGGCAGAUCGGGGAGGUGAACGAGAUCUUCCGGGACCUGGCCGUGCUGGUGUCGGAGCAGGGCGAGCAGCUGGACGACAUCGAGUCGGCGAUGAUCGGGACGGCGGAGCGGACGCAGGAGGCGCAGCGGCAGCUCGCGAAGGCGGAGAAGACGCAGAAGAAGUCGCGCAACCGCCUGUUCUGCCUGCUCCUCAUGUUUGCCGCGGCGCUCUUCAUCCUCCUGCUCAUCCUGCUCGACUGA